AUGGGUGAUAUUUACUUGUGGUGUUCUCAGCUUGAAUCUGCUAUGACUAGGCGUCGGGCGAUUGAUGGGGCGCAAGAGCGGCCGGAUGCGGAUCCAGAGCAUCCUUGGCGGAUCCCUGAAGACCCGACGCCGACAGCGUUGCCAUUCAACAUCCGGAGAAUUAGUCAAACGCGAAAAGAACAUUGCAGUAAGCAAGAUGAAUGGAACAGAAACAUCUAA